AUGCUUCUCUCAGAUCUUCCAAAUGAUAUUAUUAUCAUUGUCUUGCACAGUCUACCCGUUCCCGACUUGAGCGCACUCUCUAGAACGUCCAAAUCAUUCUACCAACUCGUGAAUGCCUUUGGAUGGCAAAUACACAUACGUUGCAAUCCCCGUCCUUCUUUCAGCCUGGCGCAAGCGAGAGAAAUAUGGAAACCGCGCAGACGUCUUCAGUACGACACACUGAGUGAUAAAUCAUGGGCAUCUUUCCACUUUGUGGCACGUCCCCUUUCUCAUCCUUGGUCUAGGAAGCAGCAACCAAUGCUUGCAAUCAACAAUAUACGAUUAGUUGUUGCCGCUGGAAACACAAUUUACGCCUAUGCCUUUGGGACUCCCAAAGCGUCAGGAUCACCGCCUCUCCGUUUCGAAGGCUCCUGUUCGCUUCAUAAUGAACGAAACAGCCAAUGGGAUAUUACUGCCCUUACAUUUGUGCCCGAUAACGGAGAAGGAAGAACUUUAUUGUGCGGGUUCCGCAAUGGAACCCUUGCCCGGGUUGUUCUUAUCAGAGAAGAUAAUUCCCGCACCCUGACACCGAAGAUUACCAUAGAACCCAGUCUCCAGUCACAUGCACCAGACAUCGUUGAAAGCGUAUCUGCCUCUGGCUCUCUACAGCUUUCACUUUCCUCUCGAGGACACGCUUGUAUGGUAAACUUACAAGAAACGCCAUACACAUCAACAUCCGAAAUAGAUCUCGCUGCCCGAAGCUGGACUACUUAUAUGUCAGAUGGGAGCUCCCCAUAUGUCGCAUUUGGUUCUUCCUCCAAGACUGCGCCCUUAUCCGUGCACUCCAUCCUCGAGGGCAGUCUCUCCCACACACCCACGGCUAUUUUAGGAACAAAAACCAGCCAGUCAACGUCUUAUUCUGCGGUGUAUGGAAUCUGUCGCUCUCCAUUCUCCUCACCGUGGGGAGCUUCCCCCCAGAUCCUCAUCUCUGGGUGGUUCGACGGCGUUGUCCGUGUGCACGAUCUUCGAUCAUCUGCGUUGGCGGAAACCUCACCUAGUAACUCUAACUCUAACUCUCCGGCACCCUUACGCCCGGUAAUGAGCUUAAAUGAUCCCUGGUCAAUCGAGCCUAUCUACUCUGUUUCUUCUGGCGGUGGGGCUUGCAGUCAUCUAGCUGCCGGGUCUGCCCGUCAUAGUGUGGUUUCGUUCUGGGAUAUACGCUACCCAAAAUCAGGAUGGAGUGUGUAUGCCCCUGGUAAUGAUCCCUCGCCGGUUUACAGUGUGCUGCUAGAGAGUUCCCGAGUGUUCGGAGCCACGGAUAGUCGUCCAUUUGUGUAUGAUUUUGGACCUGACGUCACUCAAGAUACAUACCCUCAGUUAUCGCCUUCACCUGGAUUGAAACCACGAAGAUCGGUUCCAGGAUACUAUGUGACGAGAUACAACCAUGGUUACGGCUCACUUCUCAAUGAUCACUGA